AUGCCUCCCUACAAUUGCCCGUUUGACCAUCUUCUGAUUUUGGACUUUGAGACCACCUCCGGAGGAAAAAACCGUGACUAUCCGACAGAAAUUAUCCAGUUCAGUGUGGUCCCGUUAGAUGUAAAAGCGAAAACUAUGCUCGAAGGAAUCGCGUUCAACAAGUUUGUUCGGCCUGUCAUCAAUCCAACUCUUUCUGAGCAUUGCGCUGAGUUAACAGGAAUCAAGCAGGAGUCGCUCAAUUCUGCAGACACAUUCCUUGUUGUCUAUAAGCAGUUUUUGGAGUGGCUUCAGAAGAAUGGAUUCCAAGAGAGACAUUUUGCAAUUGUCUCGGACAGCCGUCAGGAUAUGUGGAGAAUUGCUCAGUACCAAUUCCGAUUGGUUCGGGAGACAAUGCCAUCAAUGUUCCGUCAGUGGAUAAAUAUCAAAAGGACUUUUGAUGAUGGUCUGGAGGAUGGGCAGAAAGAAAAACUUGUUGGGACGACCAACAUUGAAAAAAUGUCCAAUUAUUUGGGAAUCGAGCUUUCCGGAAAAGCUCAUGACGCGCUGUCCGACUGCCUCAAUAUUGCCGCCAUCACACAUAAGAUUCUAGAAAUUGGCUGCCCAGUGACGAUCAACGAGAUGCUUUGCUGUUCGGCAAUUUGGCGCAAGAAGCCCAUAGACAUGACACUCCACGCCAACUGGAAAAUGGACUUCCUAUUGGCACACAACAUAUUUCAUUUGGUCCUUCCGUUGACCAUCAAAGUGGUCCGCAAUUAUACCGCCAAUAUGUAUGGUGUCUGUCCGUACUGCAAGAAGCCACCAACCGUUUGUGGAGCUGUCCACAAACAACCACCAAGAGAGUUCUACGCCAGUCUUACCGAACCAUGUGUUUUUGCCAAAGCUGCUGGAUUUUAUUGA